CGGACACAAGCGCUCGAGCCCCGGAGCACGCACUGACGCACACGUCCCGGAAGUGUCCUUUUAUGGAGGUCACCUGAUGCUGAUGAUGCAUGGCCACACCCCUGUUCACUGCAGAUGACAUCACAGGGUUAGCCCUCCCCCCACCCCUGUUGUCAUGGCGAUGAGGAGGUGGCUGUGUGCGCUAAUGCUAGCCACCGCUGUGCUCUUCCUCAUGCUUGCCACACACAGCCACUUCCUGUCUCUAGCCCCACCCCCUCACAGCCCCAGCGCAUCCCAGGCUCCACCCACACACCUGCACAGAGGUGUGCAGGGGGUGGAGCCUGUGACUUCAGACCCCAGGUCACACCUCUUGCCUGAUGACACCGCCUCCUCUUUGAAACAGAACCAGGAAGUGGAGAAACGGUCAUGUGGCUGUGACUCCUGUGUCUUUGAUGCGGUGAGCUCUGAUUGGUUCAAACAAAGAUUCGACCCCCAGAAGCAGCCAAUCCUGAUGCAAAACCAAAGCAUCGACCCCCAGGCCCUCAGCUGGUGGAUGUCUCUCCAACGUUCGAAAAACAGCCGCCCUCUACAGGAAGUAAUGUCGGAGCUGUUUACGGUAAUAGCCCCACCCGUGGAGCAGCCGAAGCCCCACCCGUCAUUGUGCCGAACCUGUGCUGUGGUGGGAAACUCUGGGAACCUCCAGAAGUCUGGUUAUGGUCCGCUCAUAGACUCGCACCAGUUUGUGUUCAGAAUGAACAAAGCUGUGACAACGGGCUUCGAACAGGAUGUGGGAAAUCGGAGCACGCAUCACUUCCUGUACCCAGAGAGUGCCAUGGACCUGCAGCCUGGUGUCCACAUGGUCCUUGUGCCCUUCAAGAUCCUAGACCUAGAGUGGGUACGAAGCGCGCUAUCCACAGGAGACAUCACCAUGACCUACAUGCGGGUGAAGGACCGGGUCUCAGCAGAUCCAGACCGGGUCUUGGUCUUGAGUCCGGACUUCUUCAGAUAUGUGCAUGAGCACUGGACCCAGAGCCAUGGGCGCUACCCGUCCACUGGAUUCACCGCGGUCAUCUAUGCCCUGCACACCUGCGACCAGGUAUCACUGUUCGGCUUUGGCGCAGACUCAGAUGGAAACUGGCACCAUUACUGGGAGCAGAACCACUUCGCUGGAGCGUUCAGGAAAACCGGAGUCCACAACGCGGACUACGAGACCGGAAUCCUGCAGAGACUGCACCAGGAGGGCAAAGUUCAUCUGUACCUGUGAACUGGGACUACUCUGGGUCUAAAACAGGUCUAAAUCAAGACUGCAUCAUGAUUAAACCAGGACUGCACCAGGAGGACAAAGUACGUCUGUACCUGUUAACCUGUUAACAUCAGCCUGUCCAGGGACUACAGGUGGAAAUUAGUAUUUAUGCUAUAACCUGGCACCAUACAUCUUUCCGGUUUUUAAGGUCAAUGUAAUGUCGUGCACUGUCCCUGUUUCAAAUAAAAGCAUACCAUACCAUACCAUACCAACCAGGACUAACCCAGGAGAGAAAAGGCCACCUUUACUUGUGAACUGGGACUAAACCAGCACUAAACCAGGAGAGUAAAGUCCACCUUUACCUGUGAACUGGAACUAACCCAGGAGAGAAAAGGCCACCUUUACUUGUGAACUGGGACUAAACCAGCACUAAACCAGGAGAGUAAAGUCCACCUUUACCUGUGAACUGGAACUAAACCAGGAGGGCAAAGUUCACCUUUAUCUGUGAACCGGGACUAGACCAGGACCAAACCAGGUCUAAACAAGGGUUGAAGUAGGACUAAACUAGGGUUGAACCAGGACUAAAUGAGGACUAUACCAGGACUAUCAUAGUUCAGACCUGUUUUCGUGCUGAACCUAAUCGUAGCCAGUGCCCCUUUUUACUGUUUUAUUGGUGAUUUAUUUUGUAAACUUCCUGUGGACUCUGUGGGUGGGACCCUAUAGUGGGCGGGACCCUGUAGUGGGUGGGACUCUGCAGUGGGCGGGACUCAGCGAUGAGCAAGACUCUGCAGUGGGUGGGACUUGGAUGUGUUGGGACUUUGACAAUUUUAGACACAAAAGGGCAGCCACGUCACAACUCGAUGUCGCCGCACUUGAACCAUUGAGUGUAUAAAGAAGUGGAGUGAGGGAGUGUGAUAUCACCCACAGCGUUCAGCUCCAAAUGAAGCUCAUCAAGGCUAGCAGUUAUAGCAGCUAAUCUGGAGCCUAGUUCUAUAUUUGGAAUUCCGACUGCAAGUAUCAUAGGAACCAAAGAGCCAAUAGGAGCGAGGCAGUAGAAAGUAAUGUCCCUUCCCACCCACAAAGCUGGUUUAGCAGAGUGGGAUCUUAGCAACGCUGUCAAACAAACCUAAUUGCUAAGGCUAGCUUGAGCAACCUCGGGGAAAGAAGGCAUCUGAUUGGUCUGUUAUUAAUGUUCAUAUGUUGAUAUUAGGGACUAAAUAGUGAAACAAAAACUCCAGGAUCAUGUAGAGAGGGCAAAAACCAACAAUUUAAGGUCAAAGUGAGAAGCCUGACAGCAGCAGUUACAUAGGAUCCUGUUUGGAAUGUGGUGGCUAGCAGGUUAGCUAUGUCUAUUUAUAUACAGAAUAUGGCUUGGACAGAGACUUAAACUGUGGAGGAUCUGAGCCUGGAUGCUCUGUGACUGUGGAUUGAGACAUUGGAGUAUUUUUGUGUAAAUUCAACUGAUGAAAAGUGUUGCUCAUGAAAUUAAUAUUGAAAACUAUAUUUAUUUGUUUUAAUAAGGUGUUUUUGUAAAGUAUUCUGUUACAUGGUCCAAUCAGAGUACUGUAUUUUUAAUGCUCUGAAUGCUUUUUACGUUAUAAUGUAAAUGCAACUCCAUGUCAUUAAAAACAGCUAUAUAUUUGUUUCACAGUUUGUUAUGCAUUUCCAUCACUAAUUAAAGAAGGAAAAAUCACACAUGCACAAGAGCAGAGUUUUCUAUUUUUCUCACUUAUUCAGUGCAAUCUGAAGCCUAAAUUUUGCAAGCAAUUACCGCCUUUCAUUUCUUGAUUGAUUUUAGGAAAAGUAACUCUAUUCUGAAUAUCACCAAAUGAAAGAGUAACUACUAGUAUACAGUUACUCAAAAUUAGUAUUCUGAAUAUGUAUUUUUGGUACAUGUAUUCAUAUUUUCCUUCCCAACACUUUUAAGGGGACAGUAUGGAGUUAAAGAGGGACUCGUGUGACAAUAAAAUGUGAAUGUGC